AUGUCAUCUUCAGCUUCAUUCGGACCAUACGCUUCUCCCAGCCUCUCCGCCGUCUCCGCCGUCUCCGGCACAACCUCAAGAACAACGCCCGUCGCUAUGUAUCGCGCCGCCAGCCACGUCGAGAGCCGACCGAGAUACAAUGUCGAGCCCAUGGUAUCGAACGCCUCCGUGCACUGGGCCCUGCUACACCGUUACGCCCGUGAUCCCGAGUAUGUCAAGGCGGUCAUACGGUCCUAUAUCGAAGUCAAGAAGGCCCGAGGUCGCUUGACCAAUGACAUAUCUAUGAAGCUUAAUUACAUCGAGCAGGAUCUACCCCAGCAUGCCGAGGCAUUCCACGCUGUCAGAGCCGAGUAUCGCCUUCCCCCUUCCCGGGUCCUGCCCGCCUCGACCCUCACGGCGUCCACCUCUCGGCUCUCCAGUAAUCCCUCGGUCUCCCGCAUCUCGCAAAGCACCCCACCUCACUCUCCCAGACGGUCCACGGACAGGCCAAGACCAUCAGCCGCUACUCCCCUCGCUCAGCCGUUGCCGGCGGAGUUCCGCGUGCGUCCGGAUGCUGGGAAUGAGGAGCUUCCUCCGCCCCCGUACGCCAGGCAGGACCCGGAACCGGACUCGACCAGGAUGCUGCAGGAGCGUCUGGCGGCCGAGGCGCAGGCGACUCUUCCACCUGAUACCGCCCCUCCGUCAUCGCCGGCACCUCGUCGCACCGAGCCGAUACAGGUCUGGCCUACCCCACCAGGUCCACCUCCUCAGACUCAAAACCAAAGAGCUGAACUGGGGACCCGCAGACCGUCCCAAGCUCAGAGACCGAUCUCCCCGCCGCAUCCCCCAGAAGACGAUGAGAUUGCGAGGGCGUACGAGGAGAACCAGCUGGAGGAGGCAAAGAGGGCGAGCAUGAUCGCCGAGAGGGAACGGCUGGAGGUGGAGGAGGCAAUGCGGCUGAGCAUGGCGGAUGCCGGGCCAAGCAGACCCAGCGGUCUGCCCCCGCAUAUCGAGACGGACGAGGGGCUGCAGCGGCGCGUCAGCUCGUACGCUCCAACCACACUCGCCAGUCCGCAACUCCCCCCUCCAAACCGGCGCGUCGUUUCGGACUACCAAGCUCAGCCCGAGCCCGACGUCCCCAGUAUGACGGCCGGAAUGAGCCAACUUUCCGUACCUGGCGGACCAUCCUUGAUGGACUUUGACGAGGGUAAUCCCUCGUUUGACCAACCGCCAAUGGUACCGCAAAAGACGGGCGCGGUGAUUCAAAGUCGGAACCCCUUCUUCCAUCCGAGUGACGAUCCCGGUCCAUCACUGCCGUCCACGCAGCUCGACCCUUCCCCGGUAAUGCGGCAAUCGUCGGAUUCGUCUUUCCGGGAUCAGGCGGGAUCAUCCCGGACGCUGACCAGCUACUCCGCACCGACCGGACGGGCGUUACCUCGGAUACCCAGGGCCGUUCCCACUCUGCCGGAAGCGUCAGAUAACGCGUCAGUCGCGGCUGAACAGCCCCUUACAAGCGCAGACGAUCCUGCAGCUACAACCGCGGAUGUCAAUGAUCCUCUCCACGCCCUCGAAUACUACCAAACUGUCUUCAUAAUAGACGACUCCCCGUCCAUCGCCGGAGAAGCGUGGCAAGUCGCUACCCAGGUCUUCUCGCAGGUCGCUCAUACUGCGAUGAAGUACAGCGCGGAGGGCAUAGACGUCUACUUUACCAAUAGCAAGCGGGUCGGGCGGGAGCUGAGGACAGCGGACGACGUGGAAGAGCUUCUGGCGGGUCUGCAAGCAAGGGGGACUGCAUCUACUGGUCAUCGCCUGAAAGCCAUACUAAGAGAUCAUACGGACCGUCUGACCCCUCCUGAUGUUACCUCACCCGGCCGGCAGCCCAGGCGAGAGACCAAGCCAAUGAAUCUGAUCAUCAUCACCGAUGGAGUUUGCGCUCGGUCAACCCUCCAGCGGAAACAGCAUGCCGAGCUGCAUUCCAUAUCACGCGCCGAGCUGAUCGACAAUGUCACCGAGGAUGAUCUCGAGGGCGUCAUUGUGCAGUGUGCAAAGGAGCUUGAUCGUGCCGGACAUCCAGCAUCGCAGAUUGGAAUCCAGUUACUGCAGAUCGGGCAGGAUCUUGAUGCCCGCGCGGCGCUACAAGAACUGGACGACGGUCUCGCAGGAACGUAUGGCAUACGCGACAUGGUGGAUCUAGUUGUGCAUGACGAGGCGGAGUUGUCGAUUGAGCGGAUCAACAAGGUGCUAUUUGGCGGGAUAGACCGGAAUUGGGAUGACUAUACUGCCUAG